GGGGAUACGGGCAGCGGAGAGAUAGAGAGCGAACGGGCGGGUGGCUGGAGGGUCCGGUUUAUCCCCAGUGAUUCAAUCAUGUGAGGGAUUAAAAGAAGACCUUUUGUUCUCGACAUGAAGUCGGGAUUUCUGGGGAGGUUAAUACCGAGGAGCCGUGACGGGUGCUGACGGGAAGGAAUGCAGAGAGGAGGUUUGCUGUGGAAGAUCAACAUGAACCGUCCGACACUGACCAACACGGAGAAGCUGUUGUAGCUGGGGGAGGAUCGCCCGCCCCAACCUCUCCUCCUCCUCCUCCUCGUCCCUCUCUGGGAUCCAUGACCGGACCCAACUCCCCCAGCCGGACCGGCACCACCCCGGCCAAGCUGAGCAGGCACGGCCGAUCCAAGAGCACCAGCGCGCACUGCCUCCUCCGCUGCAGCACCCGGGAGGAGUCCGCCGCCUCCCCCCCCAACAACAGCACCCGCUCCCCCGGGGAGGAGGAGGAGAAGGAUGGAGGGGUUCUUUUCUACGUGAACAGGACCGGUUUCCCCAUUGAAGAUCCAACGUGGGACAGGAUGUGGUCCCACGUGGCCGCCGUGCACCCCGAGGGUCAGGAGAUGGUUGACAGGAUACGAAAUGCGGCGUACCUUCCCAAGCAUCCCGUUCCCUCGGUCCCGACCUUCAGACCCUCCAUGUCGGUCCCUGAUUGGCUGGUGGCCAUCCAGAACUACAUGAAGGCUCUGCAAUACAACCACACAGGAACCCAGUUCUUUGAGAUCAAGAAGAGCCGCCCACUGAGCGGGUUAAUGGAGACCGCAAGAGAGAUGAUCAGAGAGUCUCUGCCAAUCAAAUGUCUUGAAGCCGUCAUCUUGGGAGUCUACCUGACCAACGGGCUGACGUCUCUGGAGCGCUUCCCCAUCAGCUUUAAGACGCAGUUCUCGGGCCACUGCUUCCACCACGUGGUGCUCGGCGUGCACUGCAACGGGCGCUACGGCACGCUGGGCAUGAGCCGCCGCCAGGACCUGAUGGACAAGCCGCUGACGCACCGCACGCUGGGCGAGCUGGUGGCCGAGUUCGAGAGCUCCUACAAGAUGUACCAGCACACCCUGAAGAAGGUGAAGAUCGGCCUCUACGUGCCCCACGACCCCCACGUGUGCCAGUCCAUCGAGUGGAAGCACCUGGUGCUGAACGCCGCCCGGCUCGGCCCUCAGGAGAUGAGGAAGGAGCUGGAGAAGCACGGCCGCGACAUGAGGAUGAAGAUCCUCAAAUCGUCCAGCGCACAGUCACCGAUCAAGGAGCGCACCCGGGGGAAGUCCUUAUCGCCACGACGUCGACAGAGCAGUCCCCAGCGCCGCCUCCUGCACCGCAGAGACAAAUCGCCGGCCUCAGUGGAGAGGAAACCUCCGGAGCUCAGCACCCUCAACGACGGCUACCAGAUCCGCAUCUGAUGGCGUCUUCACCUCCGUCGAGUUGACAACCGCCUUGUGGCCACACACACACACACACACACACACAGCUCCCCCCUCACCUCUACACAUCACCACCACGCUCAUCUGGCAGUAAGAAAUGAAAGGAACCAGAUGCAGACGGCGUGGAGAGGAAAGGUCACCAUGACAACAAGAUGUUAGCUUCCCCCUGCAGAUACAGAUGUGUAUCGGGGGGGUGACCUGUUGUUUAAGGCCAGCUAUUGUAAUGAGAGAGGAAGAAGGAGAGGAAGGGAAGGGAGCAGGAGAGGAGGUGGGCGAGAGGAAAGGAGGAGUCACUGCAGGAGAUCAGUGAGCGAGUUGAUUCUCCCUUCGAGGCCUUUGAGGGAAUCCCGACAGGAGCGUUUGACCUUCAACCUCUCCGACUCUCACGGGUGUCGAACACGCGGCGUGUUGUUUGUUCACGCCGGCUCCUCCCACCGACCGAGAGUCCACAUGUGGACGAGGACGACGUAGCUCCGCUCAACGAGAGGCCUCCGAGGACGUCCUCCCAACGACUGUUAAUGAGGACAAGGGACCCAUGUGACCUCCCAAUGUCCCGUCACUUCUUCUUGAUCCCUGAGCCUCUUGUCCUGCGCCGCGAGCAGCGGAUCACAAACAAAGCGGCUAAAUGAAAUCCGGGUCUUCCAGCAGGACGAGAGAAACACGCACGUUUCAGAACGGGAACAAUGAACAACCUCGGCCAUUAGAAUACAUCCACAGCCGCCCCUAUGCCCCCCCCCCCCCCCCCCCCCCCCCCCCAACACACACGCCACGCAACAACCAGCUCGCCAUCUUGUAUUAACAAAGAAGAUAAAGACGAUGAAGAAGGGACAGUUGAUACUUUUGAUGCUUUUGUUAGUUAGUAAGAAGCACAAAGCUGAGAUGCAGAAUUCUGCUUCUCACCAGGGGGUCAAUGGGGGAUCAAUGGGGGCCUAAACCCCCCCCCCCCCCCUCCCCCACCACCCCACCCCAAACACGUCUUCUUCUUCACAGUUCAUCUGGAAGGUUUGAGUUUGUUGUUUGUGUUCCUCUUUGAUUCAUUGAUUGUAUGUUGUUAAGAUCACUCGUAGUUGUAGCAGGUGUCUUUUUGUGGCCUUUUGAUUGGUUUCCAAAGUGCUGACACCACGUUACUGUUCUAUGGCACCGAUAUGAAGUCACUUCUCAAACCUUCUGCUUUCUGGAUGAAGGAUGCUCAUUAGUUUCCUGUUGCAUAUCACAUUCACAAGAAAUCCUAAAUUCUCGCAGGACAAAAAACAGUGCGUGUUAAUACUUUGUGUUUGAGCACUGAGCUGCUGAGUUAACGGAAAAUAAAUAUAUAUCAUUUAACUCAAACGUCAAACCAAAUUAAGAUGAAGAACAUACGUUCAGCUUCCAGUGCCUCAGCAGCGCGUGAUCGGAUUGGAUGAUGAGUCAUCACAUGAUUUGAGUUCGGGCUUUCUUUGUGUUGAGUUGUCCACUUGCGUUAAACUAAAGUUAUUGUCCUCUUGUUUCAAUCAACUAUUUCCUUCUUCUGUGGUUUUCCUGCUCCAACACUUCCUGUUUCCUGUUUCCCUUUUGUUUAUUGCAGGUUUUCUGGAAACAUUUAAAAAGCAGACGCAUCUGUGCUGACGCUCAGUGAGCACGAGACCAGCAUGGCAGUGUGUGUGUGUGUGUGUGUCUGUGUGUGUGUGUGUGUGUGUGUGUGCGUCAAAACCCAAACCACUAGAACAAUAUUCAGCCGCUGAUUCACUGAUACACACACACACACACACGCACACACACACACGUGUUGGCGUGUUGAAGGCGUGUGUUCCCCGUGUGACGGCCUGAUGUUUUUUUAUUCGUGUGGAGGAGACGUGACCCUCGUUAGUAUUGAUAUUAUUAUUAUAGUAACUUUUCCUGCAGCGUUUUUUAUCAACAUCUGUAGCAGCAUGUGUUCUUCUAAUAAAUGAUCUAUGUUUUUAA